AUGGAAAACACCAAUGUUACCAUGAUCAGUGACUUGGCGCUUGCAAAAGAUGACUACAUGAUCAAGGGCGCCAAAAUUGAAUGUAAUGUCGAUAGACCAUUUGCAUUCCUACAAGGAAAGACUUUGGAAGAAUAUGGUGAUUAUUACAUUCAAAAACCCACAAUAGGGUUAAAUAAUGGUGCUAUAAAGUUUGUUGAUGGUCCACAUAAACUCUAUUUCCAGUAUAGCACUAAGGUUAUUAGAUGCAAAGACUUUUGUGGGCCCCGGAAUUCAUUUGCUUUCAUUGACUUCAAACAACUUCAUUCUAAUUCAAUCCAACCCAAUGUGUCAUUUGAUAUUAUAGGAAAUGUUUUCCAAUGUUUUCCAUUGGAACCUCCAAAAGACAAACAGGAGCAGAGAAUCACACUAAAAAUGGAGGAUUUAGAAGGACAUGAAGUUUUUGUUACUCUAUGGGGACGCUAUGCUGAAGAAAUUGUUGCAUAUGUUUCAAAGCAUCAUGGUCAUUUUGUAAUGAUUAUUCAACUUGCUAAGUUCAAGAAUAUCCGACGUAUCAUUCAUACAAAAAUUAAAAUACCCAUUUCAGAUCGUCCAUAUGUCAACAACACGUACUUGGCAACAAAGCUUUUUAUUGAGGACGACAUUGAGGAGAUAAGUGCUUUCAAAAAAAGUUUACAAGCAAGAAAAGACUCUUCGUGUUCUUCGGUCUCACGUGCAUCAGGAUCAUCGAUCAUGUAUUCACUACAUGAUGAUUUUCUUCAAAAAAACGCCUUUUACAAAAUAUCCGCUAUUCACGAAUUGAAUGAGGGAAGUUUUGCGGUAAUUCUUGGAACAAUAAAGAUGUUUGAAGAUAUGCGGAAUUGGUACUAUAAUGCGUGUACGAUAUGCAAGUCAAAGGUUAUUUUAAUGGAUGUUCCAAAUGAGACGGUCAAUAACUUGGACCGGUUUGAAGAGAAAAAGAUGAUGUUUUGUCCAAAAAAGAUUGCAAUGGCAAAGAUGUUAUUGCUGAACCAAGGUUUAGUUGGAGUGGUGAGUCUUACAAUGUUUGAUCGUGAAGUAAGAAAUCUUCUGAAAAUAUCUGCUGCUGAAUUAAUAUCAAGAUAUGAAAGGUUCGACAAUCCAAGUGACUUUCCAAAUGAGUUGAACGCCAUGCUCAAUAAAAAAUUGGCUUUUAAGAUCGUUGUCAAGACUUUCAAUGUCUCAAAAUGUUUUCGUUCUUACAACAUUUCCAAGCUAACAGAUAAUUUAGACAUUAUUGCUGCUUUGGAAAACAUUGAGAAGAAGAAUAUGAUUGAACAGGACAUGGAUAAUGAUUCUGUUAAUGUAAUUGGCUCAGAAUUUGCAUCUCAAGACACAGUGGGUUGCACCAACAACCUCAAUUCUCCACCUACAAGUGUCAAACGUAAGCUCGUAGAUAUUUAUGAUCUUGAUGAUGACAUUUAUGAAUCGUCAACAAAACCUAAUUCACCCCGUGUUUACAAAGACAAAGCUGGAUUAACAACCAAAUUGUUGAUUCCUAAGGUGGAAAAAUAA